AUACGGAGGAGGGGGCGUGUCUGGUGGAUAGGUCUUUCCUAAUGUCCCUUGAACUGAAAUCCAUCUUGCAACAGAAUCGCAUCAGACACUUUUAAACUUAGUUUCUGACAGCUGGCCGUCAUGGAGGAAUACGGUCCCAUUCGCAAUGGCCACAACCCAAGUACUGGCAGCCACCAAUAUCUCACGAAAGAGAUGAGUUCCGAUGAAGCUCUCAAACGAAUCAGAACUGGGGGAAGCAUAUCAAUCAGCCCUGAGUUGUUCGAGAAGCUCUAUCUGUCGCCUCAGAACAAAGUGAAAGGAGAACUGCGAAAGACAUUUGCCAAUCCUACUCCUAUCGCGCUUGUUGGCUUUGUCAUGUGUCUCGGUCCUCUAUCAUGCGAUCUUAUGGGCUGGCGAGGAGCAGGUGGAGGUGGAGCUGCUAGCAUACCCAGCUACUUUUUCUUCGGGGGCGUACUUAUGUGUCUAGGCGGCAUCCUCGAAUUCUUCCUCGGCAAUACCUUCCCAACCGUCGUAUUUCUGUCGUUCGGGGCCUUCUGGUCGGGCUAUGGCGGUACACUUCUGCCGCAAUUCAACGCAUAUGGUGCUUAUGCCCCGGCGGAUGCUAGCUCGGCUGCUGAAGGCCUUACCACCCAAGGCUUCAAUGCAAGCUUCGGAUUUCACUCGUUAUCGAUGAUGAUUCUCUGCUUCGUCUUCCUCUGCUGCUCAGUCAGAACCAACAUCGUCUUCGUCGUCAUCUUCCUGACGCUUGUGCUCUGCCUAAGUCUGAUCACCGGCGCCUACUGGGCCUUGGCUUCGAACUACCUAGAAAACGCAGCAUUUGCUACGAGGUUGCUCGUUGCCGCUGGUGCUUGUGGGUUCGUGACGACCGCAUGUGGAUGGUGGCUACUAUUCGCUAUGCUAUUCGCUUCGGUCGACAUGCCCAUUAACUUGCCCGUCGGUGAUCUUAGCACUGUAAUCAAGGGUGCGAGCGAUCGCACAAAGUCUGCUGCAUAGAAAGACUUUGUUUUUGCUGUUUCUCUUGGUCUCCUUCGACAAAGCGUGAGGUCUAGCCGCAAGCGAAUUUGUCAUGAAGAAUGGAAUGAUCAUGUAUGUGAUAGUUUGUAUUUACUCGGGGCCGUGCUUUGACCAAGAGAUAUAUAACUUUUUUUUUCAAAAUUAGCGGCUCAUAGCGUCACU